AAAGCUUUAUUUUAAAGACAGCUAAUAGAAAAUUUUCUAACAACAUAAAAAUAUAUAUUUCUUAGAAUAAACAAUAAAAACACAGAUAUAAAACAGUAUUAUCAAACAUGGCCCUAAUAGCGAAUCUACGCUUCGCGUUAAAGCAAAAUUUUCUGAAAUAUCCUUUGAAUAUAAAAUUCAUACGUUUCGCUUGCGAGGAGGCUUACCAAGAAACCCUUAAGAAUCUGUGCAUUACUAAAGAGUCUAAAGUUAUAUGCCAGGGAUUUACCGGUAAACAGGCCACUUUCCAUUGCAAGGAGGCCAUAGCCUAUGGCACCAAAAUGGUGGGUGGUGUUUCACCAAAGAAGGCCGGUACUAAACAUUUAGAUUUGCCGGUAUUCAAAACUGUUGAAGAGGCCAAAAAGGCCACUUGUCCACAUGCAUCGGUGAUAUAUGUGCCACCUCCCGCCGCGGCUGCUGCCAUAAUGGAAUCUAUUAAAGCAGAGAUACCUUUAAUAGUAUGUAUUACGGAAGGUGUUCCCCAACACGAUAUGGUUAAGGUCAAGCAGGCUUUAUUGACCCAGGAAAAAUCACGUUUAGUCGGUCCCAAUUGUCCGGGCAUUAUAGCACCCGAACAAUGUAAAAUAGGUAUAAUGCCGGGUUUUAUACAUAAACGUGGUAUGAUUGGCAUAGUCUCACGUUCGGGCACCUUGACUUAUGAAGCGGUUAAUCAAACUACACAAUUUGGUUUGGGUCAAACUUUAUGUGUGGGUUUGGGUGGAGAUCCCUUUAAUGGCACAAAUUUUAUAGAUUGUUUAGAAAUCUUCCUGAAAGAUCCCAACUGUAAGGGCAUAGUAAUGAUAGGUGAAAUUGGAGGAGAUGCUGAGGAAAAGGCUGCGGAUUUUUUAAAUGAAAAUAAUUGCGGUGAUCCUCCUAAGCCAGUAGCAGCUUUUAUUGCCGGUUUAACUGCCCCACCCGGCAGGCGUAUGGGUCAUGCUGGGGCUAUUAUAUCGGGAGGCAAAGGUGGGGCCAAAGAUAAAAUAGCUGCUCUUAAAGAUGCCAAUGUGGUGGUGACCAAUAAUCCCACAACUAUAGGUAAAGUUUUAUAUCAAGAAAUGCUAGAAAUGGAAAUUAUUAAGCCGCCCAGCAAAAAGCCAGAGGAAAAGCCAGCAGAAAAGGGCAAGAAAAAAUAAGAUUUUCCUUUAAAAUGUGUUAACACCAAAUGAUUUUGUAAUAAAACUUCAAAUUUUGUUCAUUUCAUUUUAAAA